AUUGAAGUCUCAUGAAUCUCACGGGCCGAGAUAUUUGGCGAGAAAUCUGGGAAUGAGUACUUUGUUUCCAAUCUCCCGGAUGCAAUUCAUGGACACGGUCGUGGACUGGGCGCUAUCCUUUCAGUGGGGUUCCUCUUCGAAGUAACUAACCAACCUGCAAAGUUUGGAUCGGUGCAUUUGAAAACUUAAAACCGUCUCACGAGGACCUGAAAACUCAUCGCAAAUGGGCAACGAGGCUUCCUUACCCGGUGACAUGGUGACUCACUUUGAUGCGGACGAAAUUCGGCGACUUGGAAAGAGAUUUCGAAAGCUCGAUCUGGAUAAGUCGGGCGCUCUUUCCGUCGAGGAGUUCAUGUCGCUUCCAGAGCUACAACAAAACCCACUAGUUCAAAGAGUUAUUGAUAUUUUCGAUACAGAUGGAAAUGGAGAAGUGGACUUUAAAGGUUUUCAGCAGGAGGCAACUGGUUUAGUCAGGCUAUUAUGCUCAGCACCAAAAUCAAUGUACUUAUUUUUGGUCUUUUUUUUUUAUGUAGUUGCCUUUAGGAUAUACGAUAUGGAUAAUGAUGGUUUCAUCUCAAAUGGAGAACUCUUCCAAGUUCUAAAGAUGAUGGUAGGAAACAACCUCAAAGAAACUCAGCUUCAACAAAUUGUGGAUAAGACAGUAAUAAAUGCUGACAAGGAUGGCGAUGGAAAAAUCUCUUUUAGUGAAUUUUGCGCUGUUGUUGGUAAUAUGGAUGUUCACAAGAAGAUGGUAGUGGAUGUCUAACAAGACCUUAAUAACCAAAGCCUGUGAACUAUUUAUUAUUCUUAUUUCCAAGGCAAGACAUUUUGUAAAAAAAGAAAACAAACGAGCAAUAUUCUCGACCUAAAACUCUGUUGCCACUGUCACUGCUGCUGCGAAGAAAGAAUUGAAGCUGCUGAUUCGCUUGUUAAAGUGAGAAGAAGGAAGAUGAAAUGACCUACAUCUCCUGAGCAGGCUACAAGCAGCGCAAGCCAAGAAAAGAAACAAAAAGCAACAGCUACAUUUAAAGGAAAUGAUAAGUCACUUCAACAGCAUGUUUGUGAAAAGAAACCAGGGUUUUAGUGAGAAAAUGGAAUAAGCAUGGGUGUCGUUUUUAUUGUGAGUGGCAUGUCAAGUUGAAAAAAGAGUAAAGUGGGCCAUCCCAUAAUUUGUA